AUGCCUGUCGUCGCAGCAUCAGGGAAACAGCGUCGAAAAGUCCGUUUUCCAACUUCAUCAUCACCAGCAACCGCCAACCAGUCAGAGACACCAGGGCAAAAGACUGCUACUAGGCCCAAAUUGCAGGCCAAAAACCGCUCCUCCACCUCGUCUGCUCCCAAAGGCCGUUCAACAUCCCAGCAGAGCGGAAAAAUGAGCGCCAGCCAAGCGCAUCCUGGGGUUCCGGUUCUUUUCACGGAGCCGCCUCUGAUCCAUGACCCGCUCACUACAGAGACAUCGAAUCUCCAAAGCGAGACGGCAGAAAAGUGUGUGCCUUUCCUGAAAGGUAUUCAUGGCUCGCAAAAGGGCCCGUUUAAUGAACAUGGAGUGCCUGCGCUUCUACGUGAUGACCAUAUCGAGUAUCUGUAUGAUUCUCUAGAGGACUAUCCUGCCGGUUUUGUCGGUAUCGAUGCGAGUCGUCCUUGGAUGGUCUACUGGGCUUUGGCUGGGCUGUCGUUACUAGGGGAAGGUGUCAGUAAGUUCCGCCAACGCAUCCUUACCACAUUCACCCCUAUGCAAAACCCCACCGGUGGGUUUGGAGGAGGUCAUGGCCAGAUGUCUCAUUGUGCGUCCAGCUAUGCUGCCGUGCUUUCCCUCGCCAUGGUCGGUGGCGAUGAGAUUUUUAGCCUGAUCGAUCGAAAAGCAAUGUGGAACUGGCUUGGAAGGUUGAAGCAACGUGACGGGGGCUUUAGGAUCUGCGAAGGUGGGGAAGAAGACGUGCGAGGCGCCUAUUGUGCAAUGGUGAUCAUAUCCCUCCUCGACCUGCCACUUACAUUACCCCCUGAAGCCGAAGCCCGACGAUACGGGCUAGAAUCAUUCGCGAGUGGUCUGCCCGAGUAUCUAUCACGAUGCCAGACAUUUGAGGGCGGUAUCUCCGGCAGUCCCGGAGCAGAGGCGCAUGGUGCUUAUGCUUUCUGCGCUCUGGCGUGUCUAUGCAUUUUAGACCGGCCUGAAGUGACCUUGCCUAGGUAUAUGAAUUUCCCGCUACUCCUAUCCUGGCUUUCCGCUCGACAGUAUGCUCCCGAGGGAGGGUUUGCAGGGAGAACCAAUAAACUGGUGGAUGGAUGUUACAGUCACUGGGUGGGAGGCUGCUGGCCACUGAUCCAGUCGGCACUGGAUGGCAUCCAGUCAGCUGCAGCUCCUAACCGGACAUCUGCUGGUAGCCUUUACAACCGGGAAGGCUUGACAAGAUAUAUCCUUGCAUGUUGCCAGAACAAGAACGGGGGGCUUCGUGAUAAACCCGGAAAACACCCAGAUUCAUACCACACAUGCUAUACUUUAACGGGCUUGAGCACAACUCAGCACCACCACUACCACACUGACACCAGCACCACUUCCAAGGAAACUUUCGCCUCAGCCUUUUCAUGGAAAUAUUCUCCAAUCCCUGCUACCGACGAUAACGAAUCGGAUGCCAGCGUGUUUGACGAGAAGGACCGAGUUACGGCCAUCCACCCUCUUUUUGUCAUCCCCCACAAGGCUGCGGAAGACAUCCGCGCUUGGUUCGAAAAGAAGCCAUUGGAAGCAUAG